AUGGAAACUACAAUGUCCAGACCAGUCCUCUCUCCAGCCCGCAUCGAUGCUACAGCUUCUGAAACAUUCACGGUACUUCAGCAAAGGAUGAGAAUAGUUGAGGAACAGACCAGUUCUCUCAGGGAUGACCUAACAAUAUUGGACUUUGGUGAAAAAGGCCACUUGGAAACUCCAAAAUGUUUAGAAGAGCCUGUGAGCCAGAACAUCAUUAGCCCUAUCCAGAAUGAAGUAAUUUGUUCAGGAAGAACAGAUAUUUUAUGGAAGAACUGUGAGUUUCUGGUAAAUCGAAUGUGCCGUCUGGAAAGCCUCAUCCAGUCCUUGAAGAUGAACAUCUUCCGUCUGCAAGCUGAAAAGGAUUUGAACCCACAGAAAACAGAUUUUCUGAAGGAAAGACUGAAUACAAUACAGGAGGAGCAUUCCAAGGAUCCGAAGCUAUUGCAACUGAGAGGUGUAAAAGAGAAAGAAGACAAGGCACACGAUGAGGUGCAGAGGUUGACUGUGACUCUGCAGCUUGCGUCAGAGACAAAGAAGAAUGCAGCCAUUAUUGAAGAGGAACGGAAGACCACAGAACGUAAAAUGAACCUUAAAAUUCAGGAGCUAAGGAGACAGCUGUGUCAAGAGAAGCACUGAAGGGAAUCUCUUGAGACAUCUGGAUCAGCCGUGCUACUCAAAAUACAAGAAAUGGGAUCAACAGUGGAGGUGGAACGGAAACAGGUGCAAAUUUUGCAGCAAAACUGCAUUGCCCUACGCAGUUCUAUUCAGACCACCCAAGAACUACUGGCACGGGAGCGACAACAGAAGGGAGAGUUGGAGACCGCUACGUCACAGCUCAAGUCUGAUCUAGUUUCUGGAGAGGACCUCACUUCCAAGUUGGUAGAAGAAAAUAAGAAUAUACAGAUGUCUUUCAACAAGGAACAUGAAGAAAGUGCAUAUUUGAGGUCUGAAAUAAUAUCCCUUCAUGAAGCAUCAGAAAAAGCACAGGUUUUGAAUGACCAACUGACUAGAAAGUGUUCAGAGCUGAACAGAAUGCUUCAGACUGUUAGAAUGGAAACUACCAGAAUCAUUGCUGACCACCAAGCCAUUCUGCAGGAAGAACAGAAAAUGAUGACACCGACAUUUCAAGAACAAAACCUACUGCUGGAUGCAGCCCAUGCCGGUAUCACAAGUGAGCUACAGACUGUUCAAAAUGAGAAAACACAACUCCAAAUGCAUCUGGACCAUUUAGUCCUUGAGCAUAACCAGUGUAUCCAGAAAGCACAGGAUGCUGAGAAGAGGGCAGCUGUGCAAAAAGAGCUGCUAGAAGCAACUAUUGCAAAAUUGCGAGGUGAACUGGAAGCAUCAAUGCAAGAGAAGACCUGUCUGCUAGAGGAGAAAGAAGGACUUCAGAGAGAGGUUAAUAAAACCGAGAACGAAAUAGCAGAAGAAAAAUGCAACUUGGAAAAGGAAUUAGCUAAAAGCAAGAUAAAAGUUAAGCAGCGAAAAGAACAACUACAUUCUUUUACUGAAACCAGUUCACAGAAUGACCAUCUAUGCAAGUUGAAUAAGGCACUGGAGGGCAAAUAUGCUCAGUUGAAAUUGAUGAUGCCUCCAAAAAGAAGGGAGUCUCCAGAGAGGCCAGCAUCUUCAAAAUUCCCUGAAAGCCAUAGGCCCCAUGUCAACAAUGUAAAGGAACGAACUUCAUCAGUUGGUUUGCCCAGUGUUACUCCAAACCCUACACGCCACGUGACCUGUGCACCUACGCUGACUUCUGUGAGGUCUUCUCAGAAGAUGGGAGACUGUGGGAUCUCUCUGAAGACUGUUUUGAAUGCCAUUAAAUCAGUGGAGGGAAGACUGGAGGAUAUAAUAGACAUUCUUGCCUCAAGACCAUUAAUAAAUGAUGAGUCACCAAAUUUUCUUUACCGGGAUUCGAUGAAAUCCAUUCGUGAAAAGAAUGAAGGGGAGCUCUCACGAGUUGUGAAGGGUCGUGCUGCAGCCCUGAAAGAGAGUCAGAAGUUGAAAGGUGACCUCGAAGCUUUGGAGGACAGGGAGAACAAGAAGGUGGGAAACUUUCAGCAACAACUGGCAGAAGCUAAAGAAGACAGCUGCAAAGUUACAGUCAUGUUGGAGAAUGUGCUGGCUUCUCACAUUAAGAUGCAAUGCGUUCUGGAAAAAGUGCAACUAGAGCUUGGACGGAGGGAUUCAGAGAUUGCAGACCUCAAGAUAGAAAGGGCUGUAAAUCAACAGCGGCUACAGAAGCUGGAAGCAGAAGUGGAACAGUGGCAGACCAGAAUCCUUGUCGUGGAUGCCCAGCACAACAGUGAGGUGGAGCUUGUACAAAAAGCUCUAGAUGUAGCUAGAGAAAACAGGAAACUGGCUAUGAGCAUGGAGCAAACUCUCCAGACAAAUAAUCAUCUGCAAACAAAACUUGAUCAUCAUGUUCAAGAGAAAUUGGAAAAGAAAGAACUUGAGCGACAGUAUUUGGAAACCUUCAAAGGACGGAUGAAUGAAGUAUCCAAAAUAGAAGCAGAAUCGCAUGCUGAAUGCAUAGAUGCUCUAAGAAAGCAGUUUCAAAUUGAGAGAGAAACUGCAAAGAAAGCAGCACAACGAGAAGUGACUGAGCUGAAGAAAGCCCUUGAUGAAGCCAACUGCAGAUCAGUGGAAGUAUCCCGGACCAACCGAGAGCUGCAGCAGAAACUUACCGAGUUGGAAAAGACACUGGACAGCAACAAGGAGAAAAUAGAGAAUCAAAAGGCCCAAAUUAAGCUCCACUUGUCAGCUAUGGCGAAUAAUGCUCAGAAUAUAGAGAGGAUGAAGCAAAUAGAAACAGAAUUGAGGCAAAUGGAGCUAAUUAAGGAUCACUAUCAGAAAGAAAACUAUGAACAGUCACUGAGUAUCCAGAAAUUUGUAUCUGAAAUGACUAACCUACGGAAGGAGAUGCAGCUGUUGGCCAAGAGCCAAUAUGAUAUUUCAGCUCGGAAUAAACAGCAAGAGCUGCAGCUCGAGGCAGAGUGGAAGAGGAGGCGGGAGCUGGAGCAUCGGUGCCAGGAAUUGGAAGAAAGUAAUAGACACCUGAAGAAAUGUAAAGAGGCAACAGAGAAUAAACUGAAAGAAGCUAGUGUGGAAUCAGAACAGAUAACAGCUAACCCGGAAGAAGCUCGGCGGCGCUGGUUUAAGUGCAAACUCGAUGACCUACGGCUUGAGCUGACCAAAAACCGGUUGCAGAGGGAAAACAGGUGGCAGGAAGAGGACCAAGAUAAAAGGCACAACAGCAUAUCCAAUCAGUCUGCUCUACAUGGAUGGGAGAAUAAACAGAAACUUGUGCCCAAGAAGUGUCAUUUUGAACUAAAGAGCAAGUGA